AAGAUACUUUCUGCAUCAUUCAUGCCAGCCUCAGGACACCAAGAAACUAUCACACAUUCCGCCUUAAAUUUUUAAUUUAUUGUGAGAGAGUUUGUCCCCUCACACUUUCUCUUAAGAUGACCAACAUGGCAGACAUGAAUUCGGCUGGUAAUGUUUCACGGUGUUGUGGUCACAGGCGGUACAGAAGCUCGCUUUAAAGUCGUGGUCUCCCGUGUGCAGCAAAUCCCUCAGCGGCGCAGCUGAUGGAGCGGAGUUACCUCGGAUCACCCAGCAGCGGUUUCACAGCGGCCUCCAUUUUAACUCCGACACCGAGCUGUACCUCACGUGUCCUGGGCUGUCUCUCUCACAUGACCCGAGUGUUUGUUCCCGUGAUCACCACUUCCAUCUCCGUCUGCGACACCGAAUAUCACUUUUUAUUGAAACACUGAUGGAUAUGCUUGAACAGAGUCUGGACAACGCAAGCCACGAAAAGCAAGAAGAAGAGGUUGUCCAGACAUCUGAAGACGGAACAGGAGAAGAGCAGACAGCUGUUACAAUAGCCAGUGUUCAGCAGGCUGCAGCGUUCGGUGACCAUAACAUACAGUAUCAGUUCCGCACUGAAGGUGGUCAGGUGACGUAUCGUGUUGUUCAGGUGACUGACCAGCACCUUGAUGGGAGAGAUGACGGGGGAGGAGCAGUGAGUGUCGUCUCCACAGCCGCCUUCACUGGGGCUCCUCAGGCCGUGGCUCAGGCUGUGAUCCAAAACCCUUUCAGUAAUGGAGGAAGCCCAGCAGGAGAGGCAGUGGGAGGCGAGACGCGCUUCGCUUACUUCCCCGCAACCGCGGUGAGCGACGGGACUGUGUCUGUGCAGGCCGCCACGGAUCCCACACUCACACAGGCAGGGGGUCAGUUUUAUGUGAUGAUGACCCCCCCUGAUGUCAUUCAGACUGGCACACAGCGAACCAUCGCCCCGCGCACACAGCCCUACCCUGCAGAUGAAAACGAGCUGCUGCAACAUGAAGGUUUAAACUGGAAAAUGGACGGACCGCGAACACCCAGAGAUGAAAGAAGAAGAGCGCAACAUAAUGAAGUUGAGAGGCGGCGGAGAGAUAAGAUCAACAACUGGAUUGUCACUCUUUCCAAGAUCAUCCCAGACUGCAGUAUGGACAGCACCAAGACUGGAGCAAGCAAAGGAGGCAUCCUGUCUAAAGCGUGCGACUACAUCCGAGAGCUGAGGCAAAGCAACCAGCGGCUGCAGGAGAGUCUGAAGGAAGUGGAGAGGAUACAAGUGGACAAUGAGCUGUGCAGGCAGCAGAUUGAAGAGCUGAAGAAUGAGAAUGCUUUGCUGCGAGCGCAGCUCCAGCAGCACGGCAUCGAGAUGGUUGGAGAGACGCCACCGCAGUGAAGCGGAGACAAAAUGUACAGGGAGGGGCACCACCACCCAGACAUCCAGCUGAUGGGGUGGGGAAAAAAAAAACAAGGACUUGUGAAGAAUCACUUUCAUUUUAGUGAAUGCGUCCUCCCCCUGGGUUCCCAGGGCGCAAUCCCUUCACCGGCCAAUUGUGGCUGUACUUGACUGUUCCAAUCCUAUUGAGAUAACCACCCGUUACAACUCAGCAGAAAUGUGCUUGGAGAAAAGAUGGCCACUCACCACCAUCAGAGUGCUUUUCUCGCACUACCUGUGAAAGAGAAGUUCUUUUGAACACCUCCUUUGUUUUGUAUUUAUGUAGCCUCACUCAUGGACUAUGAUAUUUGUCAUUUUGUUUUGUCCCCUGACAGUUUAUUUUCCUCCCAGAUUAUUCAUUUUGACCUAGUCGAUGCUUUUAUUCUGUUUGUGGUUUUGAGUUCUGUAUUAAUAUGUUGUUUUUAGCUGCUUUAAUUUAUUAGUCCGCUUGCUGACAGAAGCCUUGAUGGAGACCAGUUACAUUGAAGCUCAUGCACCCCAGAGAAGCAGACUGAAUUUUAAGUGUGAAAACAUCAAAGUAUGCACAGCAUUAUGAGUCUACAGACUGAAAUCUUUUGACACACAUAGCUUACCUAGACCCAAAGACAAACAAGGAGCUGUGCUGUCCUGUGCUUCUGGGCUGAUUUAUAUAAAUAUGACUUCUCAUGUUUGAAUACAGAUGUUACAGAAUGUUAAAGCAGAUUAUCUCGGGGAGUAAACAAUCAAUAACUCAUUAACUUUCCGCCGGUCCUUUUUUGUCAUGACGUGUGCAAUCUUGGAGAUUGGUUUGAAAAAAAAAAAAGAAGUGGUAUACUUGAAUUGUUGGGCAUUUGCUUAACCAGAAAAAUGACUCAAAAGUCAACAGAAUAGUGUGGAAAGAAUCAACUGCUCAGAUGCAAUUUAACCACAAACUAAAAUGUACAUGUGUGGAACAUGAAGACUAUUGACAAACCUGACGCGCUGGGUUGCGGACGAGAGAGGAGAGCGGUGCAAAUUCCAACUUUUGCCAAACUAUCUAUAGGCACUGUGUGUUUUAUUUUCAGCUCUCGUUCAUGUGUGAUUUACCGGUGACUCACUCCGUGUAAGAAUAAUCCCCACGUUUCAUUUUCUAGCUGUUUGCUCUAUUUCGGUAUUGCAACACUUCAAAUGGAGCUCGACGCACAAGGGAGGAAGGCACCCUGGAGAGCGGUACUGAAAGACUAUGCUAACUAUGGAAAAAGAGAACACCGAAAUCCUGUGUUGCACUUCUUAGUUGAGCAAGACUUGUUCUCCAUGAAAAGAAGGAAUAGUUGGAAAGUGGGGAAACUUAGAAAUGAUCCUGCAUAUUUCUCCACCCACUCAGGCGAACAAUAAGUAAACCGUAAUUGGUUGUACAAACAGCAGAAGCCAAUAUUAACAUUGUUGAUGAUUUUGUGAAUGAAUAUGCAUGAUGUAUUUUUUUUUUGUGUUUUUUUUUUUUGGUUCCCCUUUGGGCGAUGUGAGUGAACAGAGAUAUCAAGCUUCGGAGCCACUUAUUAGAGCAGGAUUGCCUCUCCCUGUGUCAACAGCUCAGGAUCCAGCAAAGCAAAACCAACACUCAGACCCCUGGCAAAAUCACAUUUUAAUAUCUCAGACUGUGCAAGUUAACAGCUUGUGCUUUGGAAGCGCUGUUCUGCUACUACUGCUAGAUUCAAACCUGAUAGUGCAAGUGUCUGAUCUAUCAAACGAGGCUCCUAGCCAAAGUUGAAUGAUAGAUGUUUUUGCAGCAGAUUUUUUAUUAUUUUUUUUUCUAACACCUCAGUGCGAGGAGAGCAGAAAAUGUGAAUGUGAAGACAUGAAUAAUGCUUUGGAAGACGGAUGUUUGCAAAUGAAAGGUCACUCGUGGCUAAUUCUUUUUUUUUUGUUGUUCUCCUCACGUUUCUUUUUCGAAAUGGCAAAAGAAAGAAAAAAAGACUCCUUUUCUCUCUGUAGCAGCCUCACUGUUCUCAGGUUAGAUUGUAAGACAUCUUUUCUAAGUAAAAUGGUGGAAAUAAAACUUUCACUAGCAAAUAA